AUGGGCAACAACGACACCGUCGGGCCCUACUACGCGCCCACGGGCGGGCUGCCCCCCCAGACGCAGCUGCUCACCGACCGCGCCAUGUUCACGCAAGCCUACGCCGUCAUCCCCAAGGGCGUCUUCAGCGACAUCGUCACCAGCUUCCUCCCCUUCUGGGAGCGCACGCGCCUGUGGGUGAUUGCCCGCCCGCUGUCGGGCUUCGCCGAGACCUUCUCGCAGUACAUCAUGGAGGUGCAGCCCGGGGGCGGCAGCGACCGCGCCGAGCUCGACGACGCCGCCCAGGGCGUCCUGUUCGUCGUGCAGGGCCAGGUGGCCGUCAGCGUCGCCGGCCGCACCCACACCCUCGCCGAGGGCGGCUACGCCUACCUGCCUCCCCGGUGCGCCUGGACCCUCCGCAACGCCGGCCCGUCCGCCGCCCGCUUCCACUGGAUACGCAAGGAGUACGAGGCCGUCCCGGGCCUGGACCCCCCCGACCCGCUGUUCCUCAACGAGAGGGACGUUGCGCCCGCGGCCAUGCCCGGCACCCACGGCGCCUGGGCCACCACCCGCUUCGUCGACCCGGCCGACCUGCGCCACGACAUGCACGUCACCAUCGUCACCUUUGAGCCGGGCGCCGUCAUCCCCUUUGCCGAGACGCACGUCAUGGAGCACGGGCUGUACGUGCUCGAGGGCAAGGCCGUCUACCGCCUGAACCAGGACUGGGUCGAGGUCGAAGCCGGCGACUUCAUGUGGCUGCGGGCUUUUUGCCCCCAGGCUUGCUAUGCCGGCGGGCCGGGCAAGUUUCGCUAUCUGCUGUACAAGGACGUCAACCGGCACAUGAAGCUGUCUCGGAGGAUGUAG